AUGCCCUCCACCUCCCUCAAGGGCCCGACCCCCCAGCAGCACGACGGCGCCGGCCUGCGCAUCGGCAUCGUCCACGCCCGCUGGAACGCCACCGUCAUCGAGCCGCUCAUCGCCGGCGUCCGGGGCAAGCUCCUGGAGUGCGGCGUCAAGGAGUCCAACAUUGUCGUGCAGUCGUGCCCCGGCGCGUGGGAAUUGCCAAUCGCCGUCCAGCGCUUAUACGCUGCUUCUCAGGUCCAGUCCACGUCUGCCGGCGGUGCCUCUGCCGGCGACCUGCUCGCCUCCUCAACAGCUGACCUGUCCGCCACCGCGACCACGUCGGCGUUUGACGCCAUUAUUGCCGUUGGCGUGCUUAUCAAGGGCGAGACGAUGCACUUUGAGUACAUUUCCGAGUCGGUGUCGCACGGCCUCAUGCGCGUGCAGCUCGACACGGGCGUCCCCGUCAUCUUCGGCGUGCUGACGGUGCUCAAUGACGCGCAGGCCCUUAACCGCGCCGGCGCCGACGGUAAGGGCCACAACCACGGCGAGGAUUGGGGCCUGGCGGCCGUCGAGAUGGGCGUCAAGCGCAGCGAGUGGGCUAGCGGCAAGAUUGAGGGCUGA